ACUGUUGCAGGAAGUAGACAUCGCUGCUGCACUAGCUACGAUUUCUAACAGAAUACCCACAAAUUCGUUGAGCAUUUUAACGAUGAUGCGAAGACCUCGAACAACAACUGCCAAAGUUGUGGAGAUCAGAGACUCAGACUCCGACUUGUCAUUUUCCCAGACAAUCAGUAGUGAUGAGGAUAUUGAUGAUUGGAGGCCAACAGAGCCAAAGCCAAAAGCCCCCAGCAGGGCGGCCAAAGCUCCUGCAGCAGCUGGGGAGAAGACAGCAGCUGCCAAGAGAACCGCUAAACCAAAGGAGCCAAAAGCACCCAAAGUGCCAAAAGCUCCUAAACCAAGGGCACCACGCAAACCUGCAGCGGCGCGAAAGACACAGACCCCUAAAGUUCUGAAGGAUUCUGGUGCAGCAGUGUUGGCUGGAGCAAAGAGGAAACGUAUUGAUGAAGGCAAAAAAGAUGAUAAGGCUGCAGAAAACAAAGGAGCAAAACAACCUGACCGUCCAGAGGGAGAGAAGGCCGUAGAGAGUGGACCAAGUAUCAGAAUGAAGGAGGAGAGGGUGUCAUUUAUCGUGUCAGACGGCCAUCAGGCAGACAGAUGGGCAGGCGAGGGGUCAUCACUAGCUGGGCUUACAGCAAAGAAGGAGGAAGUGGAGGAGGAGGAUUUCACCUUUGAUGAGCCCUGUCAAAAGAAACAGAAGACCAGUGGCGCCUGCUUGAGACGACCGACUGCUUUAGCAUCAUCAGAAGCAAACACUCUGAGGAAUGAACUAAAUAUGAACUGGGAUUUGAUAGAGCUGCUGUCCACCCUGACAUGUGUGGAGCGAUGGGUGUGUGUAAAUAUCAUUGGGCUGAUUCGUGAGGAGAACACGGUGCCAUUCAUGGUGCGCUACCGUAAAGACAUGAUUAACCACAUGGACGCCGAUGCCGUCCGAGACGUCCAGCUGAUAUUUGAGGAGUUAUGCUCUCUAGCCAAGAAGACCCAGUCUGUGGUUCAGACCCUGAAGAAGGACGGGGUUCUGACAGCUGAGCUGGAACAAAAUCUGAGGAGCUGCCGAUCAGCUGAUGAACUGGAUCACGUGUAUUCUCCCUACAAGAAAGGCAGUAAACUGACGAAGGCUCGCAGAGCCAAAGCACUCGGCCUUGAGGCGGCCGCCUCUGCACUCAUGGACUCACCGAAUACUCUGGACCUAAAGGCAUGGGUAAAACCUGGUACUGAAGGUCUGUCAUCGGUGGAAGAAGUGGUGACAGGUGUGGAGCACAUCUUGGCUGAUAUGAUAGCCAAAGACCCUGAGACCCUCACCUAUGUGAAAACAUUGUGUGAGAACAGCUUUGUGACCAUCCAGUCUUCUGUGUCCAAGUCGGCACUAAAGGAAAAAGAGCAAGAGAAGUCUGUCGAAGGCCACAAGAAACCCGGGGCCCAGCAAAACAAAAACAAGGACAUUGACAAGUUCCACCUCUACGUUGACUUCACCUGCAACAUCCAACGCAUCCAGCCCCAUCAGACUCUGGCUAUAAACCGGGGAGAGAAUCUGAAGAUUUUGACAGUGAAGGUGAACAUUCCCGACAGGUUGAAGAGUGACUUCACUUGGUGGUGCAUCAACAACAGGUGGAGGCCGAAGACAUUGGCAAAAGAAGAGCUUCGUGCAAUCAUCAAGAAUGCUGUAGAGGACUCGUAUAAAAGGCUUAUUCUGCCUUUCCUCACAAGGAGUUACAGGACUAAGCUGACAAGUGCAGCAGAGAAGGAGUCGAUCGCCAUGUUUGUGCGAAACCUCCGGCAGCGGCUGUUGGUCUGUCCAGUGAGGGGCUGUGUCAUCAUGGGGGUGGACCCUGGCUUUAGACAUGGCUGUAAGCUGGCAGUUCUCUCCCCCACUAGUCAGAUUAUUCAUACUGACGUGGUGUACCUGCAUAAUACAGGUCAACAAAGAGAAGCAGAGAAACUGCGCCACCUCAUGACCAAAUACAGCUGUGCCAAGGUUGUGAUUGGUAACGGGACCGCGUGUCGUGAGACAGAGUCCAUCUUCGCAGACCUCAUCUCCAGGCGCUGUUUUCACCCUCUGGACGUGUCCUACUGUAUAACCAGUGAGGCAGGGGCAUCCAUCUACAGUGUGAGUCCUGAGGCGGUCAAGGAGAUGCCAGACAUGGACCCCAACCAUAGGAGUGCAGUGUCCAUUGGAAGACGUGUGCAAGAUCCACUGGCUGAGCUUGUGAAGAUUGAUCCUAAACACAUAGGCAUUGGGACAUACCAGCAUGAUGUGUCUACGGGAGCUCUGAAGGCGGCAUUGGAUGGUGUGGUGCAGGAAUGUGUGAGCUUCGUCGGGGUGGACAUCAACAUCUGCUCCGAGACGCUGAUGAGGCAUGUAGCAGGCCUGAAUGUUGGCAGAGCGCGAAAUAUUGCAGAGUGGAGGGAGCAGAACGGUCCCUUCAACAACAGGGAGCAACUCAAACUGGUCAAAGGCAUGGGGCCCAAGACCUACCAGCAGUGUGCCGGCUUCAUUAGAAUCAACCCGCAGACCCUACACAGCGCCAAGUCUUCACCUCCCCCUGUACCAGAGAAACCGGCGGCUAAGAAGGGCAAAGGAAAGACUACCAACAUUCCGACCUUAUUUAACCCCCUGGACCAGACCUGCAUACACCCAGAGUCCUACCAUGUGGCACAGAGGUUUCUGUCCCUCGUGGGUGGGAGUGCAGACCAGAUCGGGAGUCCAGGCCUGCAACGGUGCGUGGACAGCAAGGUUAGGACCAGCAGUGUCGAGGAACUGGCCAAGACGUUGGACACCACACCUGAGACCCUCAAACUCAUCAUAGACGGCCUCACGCAGCCUCCUGGGUUUGACAUAAGACAAAAUUUUGGACAAGCGGACUUUAAGCGGGGCAUUGUGUCGAUGAGCGAUCUGCGGGUGGGUGCGGUGCUGACGGGCCGGGUGGACAACACGGCUCUGUUCGGGGCUUUUGUAGACAUCGGUGUCGGCCGCGCGGGCCUCAUCCACAAGAGCAACAUCACCCUGGACAAACUGCCUGUGAGCCAGCGCCGCCGCAGCCUGGCGCUUGGACCUGGGGAGCGGGUGGAGGUCCGGGUCCUGAAUCUGGACCCUCAGAGGGGACGGAUCGGGCUGGACCUGAUCAGGAUCCUGCAAUAGAGUCACUUAAUUCCCAUAAUUAAUACUCUGUAUUUGGUUUGGAUUCAUGACACAAAAAGGCAAAUUAUUUCAUGGUGUUUACAGUAAUUAAAAAAGUCAUUUUAACAGACUGUGAAGUGUAUCUAUAGGAAUGGCCCUUCACUGUAAUAUCUUAAUAACACGUGGCGAGAGGUAGACGGGAUGUCGUUUAAAGCACAACAACGCCACCUUAGGAAUUGCACCCAAGGAUUCACUUUUUCCCACACAGUAUCAGGUUUCCUAGGACACUCAGGGUUCAUUAUACAAAUUAGCAGGAGACGUGGUUCCAACACAAAAAUAAUCUUUAUUCGAUUACAAAUUCACCGUACGGUUUAUACACAAAAUACUAAAAGAGCCGUUUAUACAUUUAUUUAAAAGAGUAGGACUGCGGCUUACCAGUGGCGAGGUGGACCAGUGCAGGUGAGGAUCCCAAAAGAGGAGGCACCCCGAUCACACUUUGUACACAACACACACACGUGAGGGUUCUUAACCAGGGGCACACCAAACGACACAGCACACAAGGGAGACACCAACACCUUGGCUUAGCAGCUCCUACAGGGACAAAGGACACAAUUACAAAAAGGCUCUGGUUCUCAGAAAAGAAAAUCAAACAAAAGGAAAAAAUAACAACAGAAAUAGCUCUGGUUGACUGAUCAGCCAGGGGGGGGUGAUCAGUAACCCAAUUAAUAUAAACUUAAAGCCAGAGUGGGCCUUAACAUCCCUGGGCAGAAUACAUGAAAUGGCUCAGGCUAAAAAGAGGUUGUUCUCAUUAAAACAAGGGUGCUGCUGGCAGCAAACAGCACAAGACGGGGGCGCAGUGCUGACAAUAGCAGCGUCAGACCCUUAGCGACACAGCGCAGGUCAGGGUAGACGAACCCAAAAAGCCAUUACGACACGGUCGUUGGCAAAACACCGGUAAGCAAAACAGCAGCGUCCUUGAAUGGAAGCAGAGUUAGCUGUAGCCGUUUUCUGGCAGCGUUCCGCUCAAACCCAACCAAAAGUCCCCUGUGAUACGGGAUGACACAUAAUUAAUAAUAAUAAUAAUAAUUAGCACCAAAGUAUAUAAACUAACAGAAUAAAAUCACCUUAUCGAUCAGGCAAUAUUCAGCAGCUCCAGAAGGGGGGAGGAGGGCAUGUAGCGUAGCUACCGGCAGCUAUACAAGCAAGACACGGUCACUAACAGGACACCAUAGUACAAUCACAUCAGGACCUAAUUGAGACUCACCGACAGAUCCGCAGGUGAGUCACCUGUACAGGACGAGGGGAGACCCAGAGACAGUCUGCAAAAUGACAGAAAGCCAAUAAACACCGGAACAGCAUGACCGAGAGAAACAAUGCUGCUGCAUUCCUGCACAGUGGCUGAUGUCCGGCAGACCGGAAGUGGGACACGCGUUUGACGUCAGGAGGGAGCUAAGGGAAUCCCCGUCGCAUUUAUAUCAUGCCUGCCCAUCUCAUCUCAGAAUGGCUGUUACAAGUCCAGUGAGACAAAAGCCAAACUUUCUCACAGUUAUGUUCAUUGCUGGGAGACUUUAUUUCCCCUGCAGUCGUCUUCUCAGGUCGUACUUAUUCUCAGCCUCAUUAUGCUCCUUGUGCGUCACUUGGAGUGCUACUUCAUAUCUAACACUAAGCCCGAUCCCCUGAUUCAAGACAAAAGUGUCUCUUUUUGCCCAUCAACUUCCUGCACACACUGCCGUCUUCUGGUCAGUAGAGAAGACUCAUUGAGAGGGAACACAGAAUUAUUUGCACUUUAGCAGUAGACUGCUUCAUAUUUGAUCUGCCAUUGUUUAUCUUUUAUGAAUAUAAAGUUACUUAAAUAAUAUUCACUUAUUGUUCACAUACUUCAACUCUUCAAGAAAUGCUUUGUUUGGUACUGCUCUGAACAGCUUGUAAAGACACUUGUUUGUAUCUUUGUUAUUGGAAGCAGACUUUGUUUCGUGUUUGUGGACACAAACCAACUGAGGAACAUGUAAUCUUAAACAGAUUCUAAACUGUCAAAAGGACUGGCUUCAUCUGCAGAUGAGAUUUUGACAUUAAAGAUAUUUCCUGUGUCCUAUAUUUUCUCAAAAUGACAAAUUCAGCGAACGGUGCACUCAGCAGUGGGAUCUGAUUCACACCGGAGAGGAGCGGCGUGGAGGAGAAUUGAAAAGUAGGAGGAUGGCAUGAAGCGGGGAGAAAAGGAAGGUGGGAGAAAUAGAGGAGCGGAUGUGUUGAGUGAUGGAAAGAGGAAAGACGCCAGUUUAAAAAACAAGUUUUUCUUCCAGAGAACAGGAAAAUGUGAGAAGACAGAA